AUGUUACUUACAAAUCGUUCGGCUUCAUCAACAGCCAAUGAUCACCAUACAUCUUCGAAAGAUCAAAAACAAUAUCAAACACCAUUGUCGUUAGAUCCAGACUUUCGCGCACCACCGGACAACGAAUUGCCACGUGCGAAAACGCCGGAGAUGAAAGGAAUUACGUUUAAUAUCCGUGACUUUUAUCAAAAUUACUUUCCUAAUGAUCCUGUCGAAGCACGUCUACCAACACCAUGGCAUAUGGAUAUUUAUUAUCGAAAACAAUACUAUGUAAUUGGUGCUCUGCUUGGCGUUUUAUUUGGUUUAUUUGUUUCCAUUCGACGUAUACGCGUAGACCGAGCACGGCAACGUGAUUGGGAAAGACAUCAUGGUGAUCCAUUAAGUUAUUAUGAUACUGUUGGUCCAAUUAAUCCAAAUGUAACCAGAAAAGCUUGGGACGAUCAUCCAAAUCUUCCCAAGCCACAAGGCUGGGUAUCGAAACAUCAUCCAGAACAAGAAUUACAUUGA